GCUUCUUUUUGCUUUUUGCCUUUGCCUUUUUUUUUUUUUUCUUUUUUAAUAGAAACAUAUUUAAAUAGAAAAACAACAAAAAUAAAUAUUAAUAAAAAAUAAAGAAAACAACAAAAAUGUCUACCAUUAGCAUGGUAUCACCACAACAUGCAUCAAAGAAACCGUGCACAUCUGCAAGCUGUUGCUCACCUUCUCGUCUUUGGCGAAACCUUCAAGUGAUUAUCAAUGGAGAUCAAAGAGAAGAAUUCAAGAAAUUUGUAUCUGAUCAAACCAAAUUACCUCAUAUCGUUCGUGUCUUAUUGACCGGAAGAUUGUCAAACAAUCCACUAGUUUACAGUAAACCAUCAAGCCUUAUUGACCGUAGACUUGUGGAUAAAUUUGGAAAAUUAUCAGCCACUGAUUUAAACGCGCUAGAAAUUGCAUUAUUACAAAAACAUGAUCAUAUUGCUUACUCUAUCGUUUUACUUUUGAAACGAAAUGCUACCCCUGCUGAAUUAAAGGCAUACUUGAAUCAUCAAUGGGGAAAAGAAAAGUUAACUGCAUUACACUUAGCUUCUUUCUGGGGUAUGUCCAAGCUCGUACGACUCAUGUUGGACCUAGGCGCCGACCCAUUCAUUCAAAACUAUCGUCAACUCAGACCAAUCGAUUGUACCACCAAUAACGAUAUCAUCACUCUUUUACAACCACCCCCUCCUCCUCCACCUACUCCAGUAGUAGCAAAAAGAUCCAGUUUAUUAUUGAAAAAGGCUGAAAUUUCCAUGAAUCGUAGUAUCAGUCCUUCCUCUACCUUACCAGAUCAUUAUUAUUUCUCAAAGCAAAGCGAUAUCACUCCAGUCAUGUCUCCACUUUCUUUUUCUUCAUCCUCUUCGUCAUCCUCCUCUUCGUUUGAUUAUCAUUGGACUCCACCUGCUUCGCCCGAUUUAACUCAUCUUGUACAACAACUGGAUCAAGUCGUCGUUAUUGAAGAACAAAGACAAGGCUGUUUCCCUCGUCAUACUAGUAUCAUGAAUGAUAACAAACAACCACUUGUGUCACAGAAACAAAAGAAAGUUCAUUUCGACCCUCAGAUCAUCUUGAUGGAUGCCUGUAUUCGCGGUGAUAAACAAGAAGUUAUCGAUGUCAUGGACGAUUCAAUUGACCUGAAUCAAAUAAGAGAUCUCCAGGAUAGAUCCCUUUUGCACCUAGCAUUAUUGUAUGGACAAGAGCAUAUUUUCAUGUUUCUUUAUGACAAGAUUGAUAUUAAUCUGGCUGAUAGUGAUGGUUGGACAUGUCUUCAUUAUGCUGCAGCUCUGGGUUUGUGGCGAUCCCUUGAAUUUCUCACGUCACUCGCCCAUUGUAAUGUCAAUGCACGGACCAAUCAUGGAUUAAAAGUAGAAGAUUGUCCAAAGUCGUAUACUUUAAGAAUCCAGUGUAAAAACAUCUUGGAUCGUAGCCAUGCCACAAAGUAACCAAAAAAAUCUCUGUACAUAUUACAUAUACCCUUCCCAUUUCCUUUUGUUUAUAUAAUUGUUAUUAUUCUUUCCUUUUUCCAAAAAAGAACCAAUCUCCUUACAUAUUGUACUUUACCUGACCCUUCAUUUACACAAAAUUUAUAAAUCACUAACACACACACACACACACACACACACACACACACACACACACACACACACACAC